AUGCUCAAAACAAUUUUCACUUUCCAUCUUCUAAUUGCCAUUUCCAAUUGUGACACUACUGGGCCAUUCGACACAGAAGAGGACGCUGAAAUAUUUUUGAAUGAGAGAUGUGGCCCACCUUGCAUUUUCUCCUACUACCCGCUCAAUCUAGAGACAUUCACAUGGUUCCCAAAGAACUGCACUACAGUUUGCGCUGAUAUUGCAAUCAAUAGUCGUUGUGAUCUCUCAGAAGAUCAGUUGGUAGCUACAUUUCAAAAUAUGAAGCAUCUUAUUGGAAGUCUACUUGUCCAGCAGACAGACUUCACAAGCGGAAAGUUUUUAGCUGGUUUGGAAACGAUAGAGUGUGGCGGAGAAAAUAGAGUUCGAAGAAACACAGACUAUAUAUCAGUGUCGCAGUUCAGAUGGAUUUAUAAUGACGAAAUGCUCGAAUUAGGACUCACCAACUUGACAACAAUUGGAUGUCGCAAUUUUGAAAUUUCUAGUGGAAGUUUAACUAAUUUGAAUGUCCCAAAUUUAAAGAACAUUAGCUAUUCAUUGCCAACUGAAGGUAAAAUUUCUGUUACUCUAAGAAUUCAAAAUGAUGAUUUCUGUUUGACAAGCGGCGAGUUGCUAUCAAUUAUUGAAACCAGUGUUUUGGAAUUUCAAGAACCCAAAGGAAAAUACUGUGAACCCGCAAGUGCUGUGGAAAACGGAAAAGUCUGUAAUUCCACGUCACUAACUGAUGGAUGUACUCAAAUAUUUGGAAGCUUGGUAAUCGGACCUGACAAUAAACAAUUCGUGAGCCACCUCAAGAAAGUGGAAGUGAUAUUUGGAGGGCUUGUUGUUAAUAACACUAAUUUGACAAACAUCGAUUUUCUGGAAAGUCUCAAGUAUAUUUAUCAUCUUGAUAAAAAAGCCCCUGCCAUUCAAAUCGAGAAUAACCCCAACUUGUCCAACUUCUCAUUUCCCAGCUUGGUUGUUGCCCAGACUUUGCAGCAAGUGGUGGCAAAUACCAAAAUUAUAUUCAGUAAUAACAAUAAUAUACUCUCGUCGGACUCUUCGUAUUGUUUCCGUCUCAAAAACAUGCUCAACCUUACAGAGCGGGAACGUAUAUAUUUUGAUGGAAAACAGUGUGAAAACCUUCCAACCAAAUCCACAAAGUCAUUGGCUUUUGAAUCGUUUAUUUUUGCGAUUUUAAUCAUAAAAUUAUUGUAG